AUGAAAAUAUUGCUUCUCGUGCUCCCGACUUUAUGUCAGGCUGCACUGCCGGGGACCGCUGGUUCAGUACCCACGCACCGAUUCGUCCCCCAAUUCGGCGUCCACCCGCCGGGAAUUAAUGGCGGUCCACCGCAAACUUCUGAAGCCGAGGCCUACCUCAACAAUUUCGGCUACAUUACCAAGAAAGAUGGCCCCGAGCCCCCGACGGCCUUUGAUUUCCAGAUGGGAUUACUGCGCUUCCAAAUGUACCACGGACUGUACCGUAGCGGGCUGUACGACGUGGAGACGGAGGAGAAGAUGUCGCUGCACAGAUGCGAGAACCCCGACAUGGACAAUGGGGCUGCGUUGAGAGAUGUGAAACCGAAGGGACUGUGGAAGAAGAAGGUGCUGACGUGGAGCAUUCAGGGCAAUCCCGCAAAUAUGGACGCCAAGGAGGCGCACGCCGCCGUCGCCGAAGCCUUCCAAACCUGGGAGGGGGUCGCCGAUUUCCGUUUCGUUCAACAGCAAGAUCAGCUUGGCGGUCAGUCGGACAUCCUCGUGGCGUUCGAGCCAUUGCGCAACAAACAGCACCCAACUGUAAUCUCACGAUCCGGCGGGCCAGCUCCGAGCAAGAUUACGCUCGAUUCCACGCAACGUUGGGGCCACAAGUUUUUGGUGCCGGGCGAUCUCCCCCUCCUUCGUGUCGUCACCCACUCCAUCGGCCAUUCCCUUGGCCUCCAACAUACUCCCGAGCUGGACAGCCUGAUGAAUCCACUAUUCAAGAGCUACCAACUCUUCUCAAAACUCGAGCACAUCCCGACCGAGGACAACGUCAGCUUGCGCAAGUUGUACGUUCCGGAUGUUCCGGAAGCUUCUGUAGCUCCGGAAAUUCCGGUUACUGAAGGGCCAGCCGGUCCGGUGGAUGAGGGCCUAUCCAUCCCGGUGACCUCGCAAACUCAUGGAGAUGAUCGCAACUGCCCUCAGCAUGUGGAUUCGGUUACGUCAGUGAGUGAUUCGGUGUGGUACUUCUUCCGCGGCUACAACGUGUGGCAGGUCAAGAACCAGCAGUUCGUCGGCGAGCCCGUCCGCAUCAAGGAGCUCUUCCCCGGUGGCCCGGACUUUGUGAACGCUACCGUAACCUCGAACGGUCUGACGGUGCUCUUUGCUGACAGAAAUCUUUAUGGUUAUGAAUAUGAUGCUGGAAGAUUUGUCAAGGCCCAAGGGUUCCCACGUGAACUCCACGAGCGUGUCCUCUUCUUCCCACAGGCCGCCUUCCCGCUGACGAAUGGCAGUGUCGUGCUCCUAUCAGGCAACGUCUUCGCCACGUACGACGUCGUCGCCAAUCAGCCUCAUAUUCUGAACGAUAAGAACCGGAUGUUCCCGAAUCUGCCCGAGGAUGUUCGCUCCGGGAUCCCGAUUCACAAUCAGGAUUUCACGAAAUACCACAUGUUUGACGAGACUACGGUCUCCCAAUGGGACAGCAUCACGCACGAGUCGACCAGCGCCCAGCCGCUGAACGAGUUCUUCAAGUGCGCCUCCCAGUCUGCGACCACCUCGAAGACGCGCCGCUUC